ACUGCCGUAAAACUCCAAAGAAGAAGAAGAAGAAGUUCCACAACAACACGCGUGUGUCUGUCCGGUGUCCGCGCGACGACUCCGGUGACAUGAGCGCGGACAGUAACGGUGGCGGGAACGUGUCUGUGCCUUUACGGAUCCUGCUGAACUCCAUCCAGUGCGUCAGAGACCGGGUCAGAGAUGGAGAGUCCAACGAGUCGGACGGAGCGUUCAACCUCUCCAACUUCUGGGACACUCUGAAUCAGGCGGUGAAGGCAGUGUCGCAGGAAGCAACCAAACUCAGCCUGGCCUUCUCCAAACCCCCGCUGCCAUCACAACAGGACACAGAGAAGUUAGCAGACUCCAUCCUGAAGAGUGUCCUGACUCUGUCCACGGUGUAUUACUGGCUACCGAAGAGCGUCUCAGGUAUCACUCUCCGCCGACAGGUCCGAGACGCCACGGUCGAGGUUCUGGAGGGAGUCGCCCAGCUGGUGGAGGUCAUACUGAGCUCACCGCUACAGAGUCUGACCCAGGAACAGCUGACGUCAACAGGAGGCGUGUGGUCGGCCUGCGACCAGUUUGCCCAGCUGCCACAAGAUAAUAAGGCGGCAGUGCUGGUGGUUUUGUCUGAUCAGAUUGGAGUUGUGAAAGACGCCAUCGAGGAGAUUGAACAGGCGUUAUCCAACGCCAACGACCCGUUCAGCGACGUCCUCGAUGAUGACCAGGAUGGCGAGGAACCUCGAGAAAACCAAGACACUUAUUGGUCGGAGAAAGACCGCAGUGUGAUUGCUCCCUGCCAGGGGCUGAUGAAAGCUUCUGCGGCCUGCAUUAGGAAGCUGUCGGCGGCCGUCAAAGCCAAUGGUAACUUCAGCACGCCUGAGAACGUGGCACAGCUUGACGACCUGGCGGACAUCAGCAAGGAAAUCAGCCCUGGUGUUGAUGAUCUGGCUCUCUGUCUCUACCCACCCAUGGACUACAGUGGAGUACAGAACAAUGUGUCUAAGUUGGCGGCUCUGUUAAAGAAAGUUCUGGAGAUCAUCAGGUCCAGUCAUGUGUGCGGAGAGUCACAGCUGACCUGGGUUCAGUUCUUAGACGGAGCCGUCGAUCACAACCUGCAGAAAGCCAAAGACCUCAUCGAACAGGACAGCUAGUGUGUGUGUGCAUGUACAAAUAGAGGUGUGUGUGUGGUUUAUGUACAGUGUGUGUGUGUGUGUGUGUGUGAGAUGAGUGUCUGUGUUUGCACAUGCACAACACAUUAGAAGUGAAGAGGCCCUCGCAGCGCCGACAUACCCUUCAUUCUGAUUCAAACGGGUUCAUUAAACAUUAAAUUGUUCAGACGGCAGUGAUGCAGUCCGACCCGAGUGUCUGCUCUGGGAUUCAAACCCUUUUUUUGAAUUUCAACACGUUCUUCGUUGUGUCAUAUCACACCCUCACAUGAGUAUAUCAAGUCAACUCAUGUUCUUCCUGGAAGAGUUGUGUGGAAAGAUGUUCAUUACUAACUCUAACUCUACUCAUUAGUAACUCUGAAAACGUUUUGCUUGGCAGUAGUCCACGUUUGACCGUGUCGCCGAAUACAACUCGCUCUGUGAGCGGUUAAAUUGCAGUCUAACAGCCGGAUUAAUUAGGAUUACGAGCAAAUCUCUAAUGAUCUUGUUGUUCAUCGUGGAACACCUGAGGUAUUUUUAUACCUUUUGUCAGAACGCCCUACGUGACUAUCUCUCGCAAAGACGUCUUAACCUUUUAAAAUCUACAGUUAAGAUGAUGAGUACGCCAGAUUAGUUUCACUUUAUUAUGACUGAUAAUGAUAUUUAGAGAAGAGUUGAAGCAGGAGAUAAACGGUGUGAUAGACUCCACGCUUUUGAAUAUAAUGAAGUUUCAUGAAGGUGACUCGCUUUAUUGUGAAAACAAAUGAGCCUAAACCGGGAUUAAAUAAUUUCACAAAGCUAAUGUGAGCUGACGAUGUCAAGAUAAGCGUACAAGAUCAAGAAGCAAACCUCCUUUAUUCCAAAAUAGACGCUCUAUUGUAUACAGGCAGUGUUUCUGUCCUCAUGCACCUUUGAUAAAUACAGAAAGGACAUUGAUGGAUGAAAGAUUAAGCAUGUCUUCAUUCUGCCAGUUUCCCAGCAUUCAAACGGACAGAGCAAGAAUUACUCAUUGUUGUGUCCUCCAACGCUUUUCAAAAUAAAACCCUUGUUAUAGCUUGUAAAAACAAGCAUGCCUAACCUCUGUGGCAACGCUGCACAUCAACAAUGUUUGCAGUGUAGACUGUGAGUCCGACAGAUGUAGAAGCCGUUUGCAUGAAAUAAACAAAGCAAGAACGCGACUUGGAGAACAUAGUCCACCAAAAUAGAGCUCUGUUUCGGUGACAUUGAAUCCGCCGCUGCAGGUUGCUGCAUUUGUUUAACGCUGCUGGAUUUAUCCUGAAUCAGAACAGGGACUGUGCUUACCACCUUAAAUACUCAACAUACCAUCACUCAAAAUAGAUGAAAAACACUCUGAGACUAUGUUGCUGAUGUGAGGGACUUGAUGCGCUACGAAGUGAUGGAAAGCAUUAAUGCACAACAACAAACAAAAGAUUCUAUUGGAAAUGUGCAGUAAUGGUUAAAUCACACCAUCGACAGGAUAUUUUUGCAUGAUUGAUUAAGUGAAGCUGGCUGCGUUGUGGAGAAGCUUCGGUUGGGGAGUCUGCCAUAACAUCCGCGCACAGCAAACCCAAGUGGGGUGAUUGAGGUGUGAUCCUGCUUCAGAAACUCUGCUGUUAGCUCCAAAACUAAACUAAAACGGGAUCGUCUAAAUGAUUAAAUCUCUGAAAUCGUCCCUCUCUUUAUCCUUUGGUCGAACCCAGGGUAGAAAAAAUAAGACGCAACCUUUGUGAAGCAACUAGUAUCAAUAAAAAAAGGAAACUAAGAGGCAAGGUGCUCCCCACUCUAACAUGUUCAAAAGCAACAAAUCCACGGUGACUUCAGUUGUGUUUUUUUUCUGUUUAAUUAACAAAAGAAUAAUAAAACCUGAAAUGUCACUUGUCCCGACUCUGAGGCGUAACCACACUCCUGUGCCAACUUCCAGAAGUGAGAGUAAUCGAAGUGUGAACUCUGAACAAAUAUCAACACAAGUGACACAUUUUGACUCCUACACAAACACACACAUUGUGUUCAAUCUAUGCACAAUGACAAACCAAGACUGAGGUGCCCCUGAACAAAGCCCUUAACCCCCACAACUGCUCCAGUGGAGCUGCUGGAUGUCCAGCAGACCAGACUGUGGUCGUGUUGGACGUCUUCCCAUUUGAAUGUGUCAGAAACUCAAUAAAGGUGACAAAAAAUGAUA